GUGGUUGAAUCAACAAUGCCAGUUCAUGUAGUUUUACAUUUUUCAGACCCAAUUGAUAAAACAUUUGAGUUUACAGAACCAGACACGCUAGAACUUGGAAGGUCUUCGGGUUUCAUUGAAAAUGCCACCUUAAGUAGAAAGCAAGCUUUAUUUGAAAUAAGGGAUGGACGAGUUUACGUUACCGCGCUCGGAUCCAAUGCAAUGAUGAAAGGAAGUAAGACAAUUCGAAAAAAUAACAAAAUAGAAAUAUUCGACGGAGAUACUUUAACAUUGAUGCAGAAAAAAUAUCCAUUUACAGUUACGAUAACUCAAACAGAACAAAAUGUUUCGGAUUUAGAUAGUUUACUAGACGAUAGUAAUAAGACACGAUUAAGAACGAACUUGGAAAUAGGUGCUUCGACUUCAUCAACACCGAAAUCACCACCUCAACAUAAUUAUGAAUUAGAUAAUAAUACGGCAUCACAAUUAUUGAAUGAUAUGCUUUCUUCUCAAAGUUCAGCUUUAGAUCAUGGAACAAAUGAAGGUAAUGUUAGUUUGGAUGACAAUAAUACAUUGGAUUAUACAAGAACAAGAGAAUUAAGCGUUAGUGAAUCAAGUGAUGGAGCUGAAGGGAUUUACGAUAGUGACGAGAUAAACAGCAUUGAAUCUGUUGGUAAUAUUAUCACCGAUGAGUCUUCAUAUUUGGGUAGUUCGUUUAAUUCUUCUGAUUCUGAAGAAAUGAAACAGGAAAUAGAUGAUGUUGUUAAAGAAGAUAAGAAAGGAUCUCGUGUCACAAGAAGAGGCAGAGAACACAAACGAGGCAACAAUGAAGUUAUCCAAGACACAAAAGUGAAAGAAGUGGAGAAAAGGACAAAAGUUCGAGGACGGGUCUUGUUAAGUGCUACUGGUAUUCAAAGUCAAAAAGAAGCUGCCGGCGGCCCGAAAGAUAAAGCAAAACAACCAGUAAAGCAACCAGACAAUGCAAAAGCUCCAGCAAAAAAUGCCAAAGCUGCAAAGGAGAAUGCCGAAGUAAAGACACCUAAAAGUGGUAGUAAAUUUAUUCCAUAUUCCACAACUCCAAAUACUGGACCCGGUUCUUUAGACUUUUAUUAUUUAUAUUGGAAUGUUUCUUACACCGCCGGGGAAAGUUUACCUAUAAAUAUUAUUGUAAAUCCAAAAACAAUACCUCCUGCAGAAGUUUCUUUAACGUUAUUUGAUGAAUACAAUAAAAUUAAAUUGACUGAUAUUGCCAGUAAAGUAGCACUUAAAGCUCCCCAAGAAGGAGUUCCUUUCGCCGUUUAUACUUGGACAGUUGCAAAUAAGUUGCCGGCGGAAUUUGAUUUUAAAUCCGGUCACUUUACUUUACAGAUGUCUUAUCUUGAAGGUGGAAACACCAUGACAAAAGAUAGGCGCAUUAAACUUAAUAACGUAGCUGCUAAUCCUGGUGGUGCUCCUAAUCCGGCCACCGUAAAACAUUUAAAGGAUGAAAAGGAUGAAAAGGAUGAAAAGGAUGCUGCUAAUCCGGGCAACAAAAAAGAUGCUCCUUAUGGUUCCACUAAAUCCUCCGAUUCCUCCAAAAAUUCAAAAGAUAAUAACCAAUCAUCCACUUCCUCCGCCUACAAAAUUUCCAUUUCCAUCUUUUCUGUCGCAACCUUAAUGAUAUUACAAUUUAUCACCGUUUCAUUGUAA